GCAUCGGCGGAAGCAGCGAGGGCGGCGGGCGUCCGGCUCUGAGAUUUGGCGGCGGCGGCAGCAGCGACUCGCGGCUGAGCUCCGUUGGCUGGAGCGAGGGUCGGGGCCUUGGGCGGAGCGCCUACCCCUUCGGUCGACCACCGCCCGUCGCCCAGACGCCUGAGCCGCGGAGUUCGCGUCCCGGCUCGGACCCCGGCGCCCAGCCCGAAGCCGUAACCUUGAGGCGGUGGCGGCGGGGCCGGGCCGGGCCGGGGGGCGGCGGCGGCGCUGGAUCCGCGGCUGCCGGAUCGUUGGCGGGAGAUGUCGAACCCUGGGACACGCAGGAACGGCUCCAGCAUUAAGAUCCGCCUGACAGUAUUAUGUGCCAAGAAUCUUGCAAAGAAAGACUUCUUCAGACUCCCUGACCCUUUUGCUAAGAUUGUCGUCGAUGGCUCUGGGCAGUGCCACUCAACUGACACUGUGAAAAACACGCUGGACCCAAAGUGGAAUCAGCACUACGAUCUAUAUGUUGGAAAAACUGAUUCUAUAACCAUCAGCGUGUGGAACCAUAAGAAAAUUCACAAGAAGCAGGGAGCUGGCUUCCUGGGCUGCGUGCGGCUGCUCUCCAACGCCAUCAGCCGGCUAAAAGACACUGGCUACCAGCGUUUGGAUCUAUGCAAACUAAACCCCUCAGACACUGAUGCAGUUCGUGGCCAAAUAGUAGUCAGUUUACAGACACGAGACAGAAUAGGCCCUGGAGGGUCAGUGGUGGACUGCAGAGGACUGUUAGAGAAUGAAGGAUCCGUGUAUGAAGACCUGGGGCCUGGGAGGCCGCUUAGCUGCUUCAUGGAGGAGCCUGCCCCUUACACAGAUGGCACUGGCGCUGCUGCAGGUGGGGGCAACUGCAGGUUUGUAGAGUCCCCAAGUCAAGAUCAGAGACUCCAGGCACAGCGACUUCGGAACUCUGAGGUCCGAGGUUCACUGCAGACACCCCAGAACCGGCCACAUGGCCACCAGUCUCCGGAGCUGCCUGAAGGCUAUGAACAGAGAACAACAGUACAGGGGCAAGUUUACUUUUUGCACACACAGACUGGAGUGAGCACGUGGCAUGACCCCCGGAUACCCAGAGACCUUAACAGCGUGAACUGUGAUGAACUUGGACCACUGCCACCAGGUUGGGAAGUCCGAAGUACAGUUUCUGGGAGAAUAUAUUUUGUAGACCAUAAUAACCGAACUACCCAGUUUACAGACCCAAGAUUACAUCAUAUCAUGAAUCACCAGUGCCAGCUCAAGGAGCCCAGCCAGCCGCUGCCUCUGCCCAGUGAAGGCUCAGUGGAAGAUGAAGAGCUUCCUGCCCAGAGAUAUGAGAGAGAUUUGGUCCAGAAACUCAAAGUCCUCAGACAUGAACUGUCACUUCAGCAACCCCAGGCUGGGCAUUGCCGCAUUGAGGUUUCCAGAGAAGAAAUAUUUGAGGAGUCUUACCGUCAGAUCAUGAAGAUGCGACCCAAAGACCUGAAGAAGCGGCUGAUGGUGAAAUUCCGAGGAGAGGAGGGCCUGGACUAUGGUGGCGUGGCGCGGGAGUGGCUUUAUUUGUUAUGCCAUGAAAUGUUGAAUCCAUAUUAUGGACUCUUCCAGUACUCCACAGACAACAUUUACAUGUUGCAAAUCAACCCAGACUCUUCAAUUAACCCUGACCAUCUGUCUUAUUUCCACUUUGUGGGUCGGAUCAUGGGUUUGGCUGUGUUCCAUGGACACUAUAUAAACGGGGGCUUCACAGUUCCUUUCUACAAGCAGCUUCUAGGGAAGCCCAUCCAGCUUUCUGACCUUGAGUCAGUGGACCCUGAACUGCAUAAGAGCCUGGUGUGGAUUCUAGAGAAUGACAUCACUCCAGUGCUGGAUCACACAUUCUGUGUUGAGCACAACGCUUUUGGGAGGAUUCUUCAGCAUGAGCUGAAACCCAAUGGCAGAAACGUGCCUGUCACUGAAGAGAAUAAGAAGGAAUAUGUCCGGUUGUAUGUAAACUGGAGGUUUAUGAGAGGAAUUGAAGCCCAGUUCUUAGCGCUUCAGAAGGGGUUUAAUGAACUCAUCCCUCAGCAUUUACUGAAGCCUUUUGACCAGAAGGAGCUAGAGUUAAUAAUAGGCGGCCUGGACAAGAUCGACUUGGACGACUGGAAGUCGAACACACGGCUGAAGCACUGCGUGGCAGACAGCAAUGUCGUCAGGUGGUUCUGGCAGGCAGUCGAAACCUUCGAUGAAGAGAGGAGAGCCAGGCUCCUGCAGUUUGUGACCGGCUCUACACGAGUCCCUCUCCAAGGAUUUAAGGCUCUACAAGGUUCUACAGGCGCGGCAGGGCCCCGGCUCUUCACCAUCCACCUGAUAGACGCAAACACAGACAACUUGCCCAAGGCACAUACCUGCUUUAACCGGAUCGACAUCCCACCUUAUGAAUCCUACGAGAAGCUCUAUGAGAAGCUGCUGACUGCAGUGGAGGAAACUUGUGGCUUUGCUGUGGAGUGAAGAGCAGCUCGCGGCCGCAGAAUCUCACUCGUGACCACCAACCAAAAGCAUAUAGCUUCCGUGUGCCUCGCGCAGAGCUGGCUGAGGCCCGGAAUCCCAGAAAACCUGAGCGAAAGGCUUUUUUCCCUCCUUCUUUGGCAGAAGGAGGGGGCCGGGGACUUUAGUAGGUGGCUGCCACCCAUCUAUCCCUCCUUUAUUAUAGUUCUCCCAUCCCCUCCAUCACCCAUCCAAUAAAACACAGCCAGUUUCUGCCCUGGGCCUCGGUCACACAUGGUGGAAAGGCUCACGGCCUUGUGCUCUUUAUAGGAGCUUGUACCAUGGUUCGGAGUGAGCUGGGCCCACAGAGGGUUUGCACGACCAUUACACCAGCUGUCCCCUCUCUACAGCUUCAGCACGCCUUUUCAAGUUCAGCAGGUGCUGGUUAGUUUACCAGAGUUCAGAUUCCAAGUCUUAUGUCCUAGCAGCCUGUUCUGGAUGGCAGAUUAAUUUCUAACUAAAAAAUGACUACAGAGUGUGUGCUCAUUGGAACUGUGCCACAGCAGGAAGCCUGAGUCAAAGUGUGUUUCCCGUUUGCGAAGUAAAGGAAUUGGGGCAGCUCUCAUUGGAGGCCGCGGGUAUUUCUUUUCAAGAUAUCCUGGCUGAAAAACUCAUUUGCACAAAGAAAAACUGUCUUUCCUUUGCUGCAUCCUUUAUCCAGUUGAAAUUCUUUCUGACGAAAAUACCAUAUAACGGAACUAAGCAAAUAACAGACCAAAACCAGCCUCAGAUCUAACCAGUCCGUGCAGUGCUGGCUCCGGUGCGCUGCUGUAUGCGGAGGAGCACUGACUGGCUCUGGAAAUGUUAACAGACUUCGUUGUGGCAAUUGCUAAGAGCUAAACUAACCAAUUUUGUUACUAGCUGAAAAGAGAGUGGGACAGUGGCCCUGCUGACCGGCUCCACCUGAGUUAGCGCUGUACACAAACAGGGUAUGGAUAUAAACCAGUGGCAUAGGGUGGGGACAACUCCACGUGGACCCAGUUGGCCCCUUCGCCUGGUGGCAAUGGUGACAUUAAUAGCUCAAUUCACUUACCCAGAUGUCUCCAUAGGCUGAGUGAGGCCAAAGCCAGCCAACUCUGUGUUUCUAACACCAUUUCCAGUUUGCACAAAAGUUCUAACAGUGUUUUAUUUCCACAGAGUGGCUUGGUUUGGGACAUUAAAGCUUCCGUGGAAGAUAGUAGCGCCAACAAACUUUUUGGUAUGGUGUCGCUGCUGUUUUAGUUUGGGGUGGGGGCAAGUACAGGGUAUUCAUUAGCGAGACAUUUCACUGCUGUUGAAGUUUGAGUUCAGUGUUGGGCUCCUGCUGUGGCCAGAGGUGGAUCAGGAAGGGCCUUUUGAUGAAUUUCAUCUGUUCCUUUUGUUACUUUUACUGAGACCCAGGAGCGUGGAGGAUGGCUUCGGCCUCUGCAUCUGGCUGCAGUUCUUGUGCUUGCCCUGAAGCAGUCUGCUGUGGUGUGGGGUACGCUCACCUUAGACUCACCAAGCCUGGUCCAGGCUUGCCCAGCUCAGCAGCCACUAGGCCCGGGUCUGUAGAGUCCGGUGGCACUCUGCCUGCUGUGCUCAGACAGAAGGGAUCCUGUGCGCCUCGCUGCAGGAGAAUUGAAUCCAUUGAACGUCCAGGCCAACAUGCGGCCUUAGUCUCUCAAGUUUUUGCCUUGCCCCAGUAGGGCUUAUCCGUGUCUCAUUCACCUGGAUGUUUUGGAGGGCGUUCUAGAAAUCCACUCCCCAGGACUCCAUCCAGCCUUCCCUUACAGUCUCCCUUAAAGUUUGAGGAACUGAGAAGUACGGACCCCUGGGAGAUUUGCUGUGACCAGACCCCAGCCAUGGGAGGCAGACACGACAGCUACAGAGGGAAGCAAGCUAAUUCUUCAGGUCAGAAGUACUGCCAGAUUUCCUGGUGGCACCCUCCCAGACCUGCAGAGGUGAGGAGGAAAGCCAGUUCAAGACUGUGAAGCAGGAGUGGUGCCUACAACACCUCAGACACUACCUUCUUGUGCUGGGAGGGAUAAGAGGACAGGCCUUAGCAGCUGUAUGCACUGGCCUAUGUUGGGUGUCCCUUCAGCUAAGAUAGAGGUGGUAGCUUGGGCCCACCUGGCCUGGUUUGCAGGCCUGCCCAGAGUUGUGUCCCUCUGCUCUCUCCACUUGGCUUCUGUCAGGGUGCUGUACUUCUAGAACUUGAACCACUGACAAUGGUCUGAGGCUUCUGGACUCCCCAGGGGAUGCUGCCUGGCAAGUCCAUAGUAAAAGCUCCUGGUGUCCCAUGUGUGAUCUUGUUGGUCUCCCCACCCCUAUCCUGUGGUCUUUCCUCACCCAGAUCCUUCAAGGGCCCAACUUUCCAGGCUCGUCCUCCCAGCGGCCAACAGCCGACACUCAGGGAUGUAGCAAACCACCAUUCUGCAGCGUUAGGGUAGGAAAGUGAGGCGGCCACGUGGGCGGCUCGGGGUGACAGGAAGGAGCACCCUCGAUCUCUGAAAGGAGAGUAUGCCACUAGAGUGGAUUUUGACCCCUAAGCUGGCUCAGCCAUGUGGUCCAAAUUCAGGUUUGGUGGGCCUCAACUCGGAGAUGUCAGGACCGGUCCUCUGCAGAGAACAUACCCUGCCCCACCUGCAGCCAGGUGUGUGCCGCACAGCAGCCUUCCUGAAACAUAGUAUGGAUUUUUAAAGUUUAUUUUUGUUUCUCAACCACUUUAUAAUGUAUUUUUAAUUUAUUUUGUAAUGUCUUGUUUUUAAGUAUUGCUGCUAUCCUUGUUAUUCUUCCCACUGUUUUUAUUGCUGAUUUAUUUUGUGAAAGUUGUACACUAAUGUUCCAAUUUAUGUCAAAAUCAAAAGUAUUUAAAUACUAGUUCUAUUUAAUGUGGUUAUGGAACCAGCUGGAAACAAAACAAACUGAUUGUACAGCAGGCUGGACCCGGGGGGGUCAAGUUCAUUUUGUUACAUAUGCAAUAAACUCACGACUUUACAUUU